AUGAAUUCACCAAUAAGACUAAAAGACGGUCGCUUGCGUAUCAAUGACCAACUGAUAGCUGUUAAUGGCGAAUCUCUGAUCGGACGCUCCAACCAUGAUGCCAUGGAGACCCUGCGCCACUCUAUGUCGACUGAAGGGAACCUCAGAGGAACCAUCCAGUUGGUGGUUCUGCGUGCUCUGGAGCACACACCUGUACAGGAAAAUCAAGAAAGCAGUCAAACUGUCACCAGAAACGACUCUCCUGCUCAUCAGCUUCCUAAUAGCAACCACACCAACAGUUCGGUUCCACCGUCCACAGCAAGCAGUCGUAUGUACGAGCCUACUUCUGCUGUGCAUGGAUCCAAUGACGAAAAAAUGGAACUUCCAGAGGAAGAUUACGAUGAAGAGGGUUUCCCCCCUCCACCUUCUGAUCUGGACCUGCUGGAAACAAACGCUCCACACAGACACCAACAAGAUCGGGCUGAAAUGGAGCCUGAUUCAUAUAUGAUCCACCCCACCGACCAACAAAACCCUCAACGACAGAACGUCCCAGAUUACCCCACCAGCAAGUCCUCUAAGAGCAUGGAUUUAGGGGCGGGUGAGAGAAAUGUGGCCUCCAUUCAAGGACAGAGACCUGAACCCCUCUCUUCUAACGGGACGGCGCUGGGACCCAGGUUAGGUCUGCAGAAGUCCAGUUCUCUGGAGAGUCUCCAGACAGCGAUGGAGGAGGUCAGAAAGGACGAGCUGCCCAACCAUCGUCCACGCACACACAUGGUGAGGGGCCGAGGCUGCAACCUCAGCUUUCGCCACGCCAUCGACAAGUCCUACGAAGGGCCGUCUGAACCCGAGGAUGAUGACUCUGAGGAAGACUCUGGAAGAGAUACGCCUGCCAGCAGCUCCUCUCGACAGGAAGUAGACGAUGACAAGAAGGUAAAGAAAAAGAAAACCAAAAAGAAGAAAGAGAAAAAGAGCAAAAAGAAGGACGAGCCAGAAGACCCUGAGAAAAAGACAAAGAAAAAAGGAUUCGGAUUGUUGAGGUUUGGGAGAAAAAACAAACCCAAGGCUAAAGAAAUGGGAGCUUUGAGCGAAGAGGAGGUGUACAAGAGUGAACCUGAGAUGUUUCUGUCAAAGAGUGAAAGGAACAGCCCUGCUCCUGACCGCGCCAUCUUCCCGGACGUCGAGGACGAUGACCUGGAUCCCAACUAUGCUCGCAUCGACAAUUUCAGAGAACCUCCCGCCUCCAGCCACUCCCCCUAUCCACCUGGAACUCCCACCCAUAACUACACUCAGCCUCUCCCCGCCCCCAAUAGAGAGCCACCCAAUGAGGACGCGCUAGAGGGGCUUUAUGCAAAAGUGAAUAAGCAAAGAACCGCUCCUCCAAACACUGACAGUAAUGAAGAACGAUUGCAGCAAAUCAGGAAUCAUCUUCAGCAGGUGAGACCAGCUCCAUCCUACGAUGACCUGACAGCCCGAAGACGUCCAGAGUACGACCCUUCACGAAUUAGAGGGCCUGAUCCACGAAUGGCUCCGAGAUACAAUGACACCGAUCGACUGUAUGCCUCAGUGCCCAGGAGAAUGCCCAUGGAGGACUACCCAAAUCAGAACUGGGCCAGCCAGAGAGACCCUGUCCAUUACCCCAACCCCAUCUAUGAGACCCAUCAAGACAACUAUCCUCCACGCUCUCCCCGUUUGCCUGUACCCAGACCCGCGGAGGCCACGGGUGGUUACUACCCCACAUCUCCAGCCCAACAGAGGGGUCCCAUGAGGCAGGAUGUCCCUCCCUCUUUGAACCCAGGUGCCAGAGCCCCACCGCAAUACGAUACAAUAAAACAGGGGAACUAUCGGGCGGCCAGUCCUGAUCGUUACGGGCCAUACGGAGAUGAACAAUACCAAGAUCCCCAGCAGAAAAAACCAAUGAUUGGAACUGUCUAGAGUAGAUUUUAAAGUUAUUAUAUGAUUUUGUCCAUUUAAAAAGGAAAAACUAAUUUGUUUUCUUAGACUUAUGAAAAGAAAAGGCAAAUACAGUUGGCUUGACAUAACCCUUGAUUACUCCAUAGUUAACUAGUUAAGUAAAAUUUGUGAUUUGUUUUGGACGUCAGCUUUUUUUUUCCCUCUUGAUUAGUAUAUGUUCUGAACAGCAAGUAAAUUUUACGAGUCGGUUACAUUUGAAGGAAGCACAUAGGGUUUGUAUAUAUAUAUAUAUGUGUAUGUUUUGCAUGAAUUUAAAAGAAAAACGCCACCAUUUUUCCUUAUUUCACUAUGUACUUCCUUCAACUUAGAUGAGUUGAUAUGUACCUUUCAUGCCUCAGUGCGAGCACUCAGUCGCUGUAGCAUGUGGCACCACUAUGCUAGCAUUUAGCUUAUCACCAUUCAUUCCUUGGGAUCCAAACUUGGUUGAAUUUACAAGCCCCCAAACACUUUCGUGUUUUCCCUAUUUAAAGACAGUUACAUGAGUAGUUACACGAGUAAGUAUGGUGACCCAAAAAAACAUGGAAAGUGGAAGUGUUUGGUUGCUUCUAAAUUCAUCUCUGUUUGGAUCCUAAGGAAUGAAUGGUGCUAAGCUAAACGCUAGCAUAGUGGCGCCACACGCUACAGCGAUUAAGUGCACUCGCUGAGACGGGAGAGGUACGUAUCGUACAUAAGUUGUGGGAAGAACAUAGUGAAAUAUAGAAAAACAGUAGCGUUUUUCUUUAAUUCAUGAUGCCACACAAAGAUGUGUAUAUGAUGGUCUACCAUGGUAAGUAUGGCCAUUUCUUCCCAUCAUGAUUACGUAUUGUUUUGUUGAUGACAUGAUUGGUAUCUCUUAUUAUCCUUAAAUGUCAGAUUUUCUCAGAGCAUUAUUUGUUUAUACCUGUAUAUUGGGUGCCUUAUGCUAGCAUGAGUGAGAAGUUUUUAAAUGUGAAGAAAUUCACAAUCAGUUUACUUUUUGUUGUCAAAAGAAUUAUUUUUUUUUUUUUUAGCUUUUAUUGCCUUUGGAGUAACUUACAAAAGAUUCCACUUACUGUUUAGUGUUAUUCAUUACAAUGUUUUGAGGAUAAUAUUCUCUUCAAGCCACCUCUCUCCUUGAUUCAUUUAAGUAAACUCGUUCUGAGGCCCAAAAACAAAACGGGCAAGGUUACACAAAUAGCUGAUCCAAUACCAAAGUCUCGAAAUGUUUUGUCUGUUUUUUUUUUUUUUUUUUUUUUUUUUUUUUUUUUGUUGCGUCUUUUCUUUUAUCUUAGGUCAAGGUUUUUACAUUCCUGGAAUUUGUUUUCCCAUUUAGCCGUUUUAUCAUAGUGCUGCAUGAAAUACUGCCCCCUAGGUGCAAUACACAAUGCUCAAUGCACAAGGUUCUUUUAGUGAAUGGUCGUUGUUGUUGGAUCAUUGCUCUAAAGUGCACCUUUUAUGCCCCUUUUAACAAGAUGUAAUAUUAGUCUGGAGUGUCGACAGAAUAUGUCUGUAAAUUUUCAGCUCAAAAUACCCAACAGAUCAUUUAUUAUAAAAUGUGGAAUAUUUAUUUUUUGAGGAUGUCUAUCACUUUAAAUACAAAAGAGCUGCAUAUUCCCACCCUGUCUUCAGAAGUCCUCAUUAAUCCUUUAAUGAGGAUAAAAAAAAAUAAGGAGUGGGUGGAUUUUUAUCAUUGUAGGGUUGUUCACACACUGCCAACACACAUUUAUGUCCAAACACCAUGUAAAAGUGAAUUUUGCCUAACAGGUGACCUUUAAAAACAAGACUUCCUGAAAUCCUUGGUUUGUAAAAUGAUCUGUUUGUUGUAGUUAGGAGAUAUGUUGCCAGUCUAAACAGGAUCCUGCAAGAACCAACUUUACUUCAACUUUGUUUUUUUGUUUUUUUUUGCACAUUUAAUGCCUGAAUGAAGAGGUUUACAGGAAAAUUGUCAGAUAGAAACUGAAUAUUCUGAGAAUACAUGAAGUUUUGUUGAUUUUAUUUGCAAGAAUUUACCUUAUACACAUGUUACUCUAUAGACUUUACAGUAUGUACAAUCAGUUGGUGUUCAAUCUUGUGUCUGUCUCGUCAUUGAAAAGUUGAUUUUUAAUAUCUAUAUUUUCGUAUCAUAUUGGUCAUUUAAUGUUUAUGGAAAAUAUAAUAUCUUUGUUUUUAUUUUUUAUUUUACUUGGAUUUUAUUGAAUAAAAUGUUUGUUUGUAUUUAAUAGUUUUAUACUUGGUUUUCAGGUUUGUUUGUUUUUUUUUUUUUUUUUUUUUUUUUUUUUUUACAAAAGAGACCAAAUGCUGUGCAAUUUUACUCAUUGUUUGUUUAUUAGUUUUUUGCUCUUAUAUUUUUAUGAAAAUCUAAAUGCUGGUCGGCAUAACUUGUGAAAUCAGAUAACAUGUAUAGCAAUACAAUUUGUGGUAUUGUUUUUAUUUUGUUGAGCAAAUGUUGUAUUAAAUGGAAAGAAGUUUGUGUUGCCACUACACACGCCAUAAGCAAAAAUGAGUCUUGAUGUUAUAGGCCUACAUUUUUGGGUUAAAUAAUAUGGCUAUUACAUCAAUUCAGAUUGAUUAUGAAAUUUUGGUACUUUCUUAUUUUAAAUAGAAGUGUGUAUGUUUUGUUU